AUGUGUAUUGAUGAUUGGACAUCAGAAUGUUGGGCAGUAGGUUUUUCAGAAGUUUCUGAAAAAUUAUUGAAUACAAAUUCAAACGAAAUCAUUGAAAUGAUCAGAAACAAUAGUAUUGAUACUGUGAUCAAAGACCUCAAACACCACAAUCUGUUCUACCCAUUACUGAUGAUGAUGAUGAUGACCUCAAACACCAACAGUAGAGUUUUCCAAAACCCGUAUUUAAAAAAACCUACGGGUUUCGGGUCGGGUUUUUAA